ACUACUCUCACGCUACUACGAGACCAUACAAUUCAGCUGAGCCACGAGCUCACAGAAGAUGCCAUCUGGAGAAUACACCCCGAUUCCGGGUGAUGAUGAUGAAGCAGGCGCGGAAGAGCGCGGGGGCAUAGAGCCCAGUCUCAAGCUAACGACGCUGGAUCGCACGAUAGAUCUCAUAGGAAUGGGACGGUACCAAUGGAGACUGAUGUUGUUGUGUGGUUUGGGAUGGAUGUCAUAUAAUAUGUGGAUGCAGACCAUCGCGAUCAUCCUCCCACGUGUUCAAGAGCAAUUCUCAAUCAGCGACAACUAUAUCGGCACGCUUUCCUCCUCCGCCUUCGCAGGAAUCAUGAUUGGCAGCGUUGGCUGGGGCACAUACUCAGACCUCAAAGGGCGUAGAAUGCCGUUCUAUGCCACCCUGCUCCUCGCCUCGAUGAUUGGUUUCCUCUCCUCCGUCGUCCGCUCAUUUACUUCGCUCUGCAUCGCUAUGUUCUUCUUGGGCAGUGCAUUCGGGGGCUCGAUGCCCACCGAUGGCACCUUGUUCCACGAGCACCUUCCGAGCGGGAGGCACUUCCUUGUGACGUUGCUUUCAGUCUUCUUCUCUUUCGGAUCCGUUGUCUCCGCCUGUGUUGCGCUCCUCGUCAUCCCAGGCCAUUUAUGCCCACCCGCACCCGCCGAGUGUGAUCCGACCGCGCAGCACGUCGGCUGGAAGUACUUGCUGCGCUGUAUCGCCACUCUGACGCUGGCGAUGUUUGUCGCGCGCCUCACCUACCUGAAGUUGCACGAAUCGCCUCGGUAUCUCGUGCAUGCCGGCCGGCAGAAAGAUGCGGUUGAGGUUCUGCAGAGCAUUGCACAGUUCAACGGGGAGGCGAUCUCUCUAAGUGUCGAUGACGUCCAGGACGGCACAGCUCCGCCUCACCGACAUUUGGCAGACACCUUCUCGAUAGGGGCACUGUCCGACCGCAUCACGCUCGCACUUGCACCGGAGUGGAGGCGGACAACAGUGCUGGUGUGGAUCAUCUGGUUCGGGAUGUCUCUGUCAUUCACCAUGUUCAACACAUACUUGCCCAAAGUGCUCGAGGGCAAGUCCAAUUCCGGCACCCCAAAUGAAACGCCAGUAGAUGUAACAGCGAGCCUGUGGAGCGUCCUCACAUGGGCCCUAGGCGGCUGCCCAGGCGCGAUCCUCGGAGCCUAUCUCGUAGAGUCACCAUUUGGCAGACGGCAGUCGCUUGCGGGCAGCAUAUUCGUCACAGCAUUCUGUUGCAUUUUAUUCAUGAUUACGGAGAGCUUGUGGCUUGUACGAGCCAGCACUGCUGCUAUCAGUUUGACAUCUGCGGUUAUGUGGUCCAUCUUGUACGGGUGGACUCCAGGAAUCUUCAGUACAAGAGUACGGGGCUCUGCAACAGGGAUCGCAUCGGCGCUCUCGAGUAUGCAAGUGUCCCAUCAUCUGCUGCACACUCCCUUUUGAGGCCAUUCUGCUGACGAUUUGCAGAGGAGGCAUCAUUGCCCCAAUAUUGGGCGGACCGCUGCUCGCAAUCAACUACUCGGUGCCGGUGUUCACCAGCGUCGUCAUUUUUGUGCUCGUAGGUAUUUGUGUGCUACUGCUGGACGAAAAGCACCAGGGACACACGGGUCGGGUAGUGAGUGUGUGACCGCCUAAUGCUCUCUUUAUCUAUCUAGUGUAUUUGAGCAGCUAGGUUAUAGUAGUAGUAUUGCUGUAGUGCUCAACCUCCCGCCUCCUUUCCUAUGCGCGGUGCAGGAACAUUGAGCGAUUUUCGCCUGUUUAGACAGGUGGCUUGACGAUCCCUGGACUGAUCUUGUAAUAUACGAUGGACGAAUCCUGGUCAUUGAUUGCAAGGUACACAUUGUCUG